CUCUUUCCCCAUCCCACCCAACAAUUACUAUUUUCAACCCAACCAAUUUUAAUCAUCACCCUUCAACAACUUCGAGCUCAGUCUUUCAACAACGGUAACUUAUCCCAACUUUUAAACUUUCGAAACUAAUCGAAGAUGAAGAUCACCAUGUUUUUUGCCGCCCUUUCUGCUGCCAGCGGUGUCUUCGCGGCCCCUGCUCAAGCCGCCGCCGCCGCUAAGGAUCUCUCUAUCGGCGCAGGUGUUGGUAUCGGUAUUGGAGCUGGCGUAGGUUCUUACGGCUACCCGUACGGCGCCUACCCCGGGUGGGGAGGUUACAACUACUACCCUUACGGUGGCUACCCUUACGGCGGCUACCCUUACGGAUACCAAUACUACCAAUGGUAAACACUUUGUGUUCUGUGGCCUGCGGCCCAGAAUCCUCGCCCGGCUCAUCUUCUUAUUAUCAAACCCUUAACUCCCGAACAAUUUUUAUUUCUUUAAACAUUAUGCUUGCUCGCGCAAUUUAAGUGAUGAUUUUUAUCCUCUAAUUCUGUACUGGUGUGAGAAACCUGAGUCCCCGAAGCUGUUUGGAAAAGUGCCCUUUGCCAGCACAGCAGUGCCUUGCGAAUUUGACCGAUGUCAGCGUGCUGGAAAUGUUCUCACACUCUACCCCAUUUGAUAAAUCCCAUUGUUUGCCACUUCUAUUCCCAAGAGCUGGUAUUGUAACUGCUCACUCGCGUUAAAGGGUCAUACUGCUUCAUCUUUCUAUGCUUGCGGGACAUGUGUUUCAUUCUUUUCGUGUGUCCCUUUACGUCUUGACGAGCGAGUAGAAAUGUAAAGAUUGGGGUGGACGGCAGCGGUCAAACCCGCAACAGACACUCAGGAGGUACAAUUGUGGAAUCACCCCAGUCGACCCGCUCCG